UAUUAUAACAAAAUAGAUAUGACGCAAAACAGAGCAAUAAGAUAUUUUAUGGGUGUGCAUAAAUUUGCACCAUUAUUAGCAAUAAAUGGUGAUAUGGGUUGGAUUUCCACUCAACAUAGACGUUGGGUUAACAUUUUACGAUUUUGGAAUCGACUUGUAAAUAUGCCGGACGAUAGGCUUCCAAAAAAAAUGUUCUCCUAUGACUACAAUUGUUUCGGAAAAACAUGGUGCUAUGAUGUAAAGACUAUAUUGCAACAAAUUCAAAUGUCACAUUACUAUGAAAACAAGUUACCUGUAAACCUAAAAGAUGUUGAAGAUGCAUUGUUUGUUAAAUAUAAAACGGAUUGGUGUAAUAAUGUUAGAAAUGUUGCCAAACUUAGAACAUAUAUUGAAUUCAAACAACAUUAUAAUACUGAAAAGUAUUUGCUUUCGUCAUUAACUAAGAUUGAACGGUCUCAUUUAGCCCAAUUCCGAUGUGGUAUACUUCCAUUAAAGAUAGAAACGGGAAGAUAUGUCGGUUUAAAUGUAAACGAAAGAUUUUGUCAUUUUUGUCCAGUUAAUGUUGUAGAAGAUGAGACUCAUUUUCUUUUAAACUGCAUUAAAUAUAAUGACUUACGAGAGAACCUUUUAUCAAAAUGUAAAGAUAGAAAUCCUGAUUUUGAACAUAUGUCUGAAGUAAAUAAGUUAGUAUAUGCUGUCAAUUAUCAUUAUGUGCAUGUGGCUAAAUUUUUAGUUGAAGCUAUGAACAGAAGAAGGAUGUCUCUGUACAGAAAUUAAUUAAAAAAUGUUGUAAAUGUAUUUGCUCUAAUGAUAUGUACAUGAAUGACAACUGUAUAUGUAUCAUAUAUGUGAUUUGAUACCGAAAGUAAUUGGAAAAAAGUAAACUUGUAUACUUCCUAUUUCUCUUAUAAUGCAGAUGUUAUUAUGUCCAAGAACAUUUAAAUCACUAUUUGUUCGUGCAUGUAUAUAAUUAGUUAAUAUCUAAAUUAUGUUAUAAAUUGUAUAUUUUUGAAAAUGAUUAAAUAAUUAAGUGACUUGUAGGCCCAACGUGGCCUGGUGUUG